AUGAUCACCAAUAGGCGAAUUUUAAAGUCUUUUGAGGAGGUACAGCAUUCAUUAGAGGAAUCACUACGUGAAGUUGCCUUGGAUUCACAUCAACAACUGCUCCGAGAUGUUCGCAAAGAAAAUAAAGAACUGAGUAAACUGCAGGAUCAAUUACAACAGGUCAGAUCCAUUGUCGAAAAAGUUUGCCUUUCGAUCAAGAGUGAUAAGGUCAAUUCCUAUUAUCCAGUACCCUUUGGUUCGCUGUACAAUGUUUGCAAAAACAUUGCAGACCCUUCAUCCUUUGGAGAUGGAGAUCUUAAACGCCUCGUGAGCCAAACCAUAUUCGAAUACAUCAUCCUAUUAUGCUACUAUUCAGUGACUAAUGAAUGCGUCCAAGGUUUGCCAGCCGUAUAUGAAGCUGAACAAUACUUCAAGAGGGUUAGCGAUUCAACAUUAAGGUCAUUUAUUUAUUGUUUCCAAACUUCAGCUUCAAAUAUACGUCUUUUAUCUCAAAAUGUCCAGAAAGAAAUAAAAAAGAGAAGGUCGCUACAUCAAACAUGGUCAUUAAAGGCUCUAUCGUUCGAUUUAUUGAAAAGCAUACGUCCCAGAAUAAACAAGUUUAUGGUAGUGCGAAACUUCAGAUUUGUGGGGCUACCGAAGAAGCCGAUUGAUAUAGCAUCUUUGCUUUCAGAUAUCCCACGCGGUGUGGUUCACGAAAGACUUGAGAUUAUAAAUCAAUCAUCAAAGGAUUACACUAUCAAACUGGGGAAUUUAAUUGCUGAAUUUGACCAACCAUCAGAUGGAAACAACGACCCGUCCGAAUUGAAUUUACAUAAUUACGAAAAGCGUCUAAAAUCCUUGCAGAGUUUCUUCGAGUUAUCAAUGUCUGAUUCAAAUCUAACAGAUAUUGUUAAAUGUUCAGCAAGUUUUCAUAAAGAUCACCCACUGAGGAAAUUUAUUAAGCCAAGCGUGUUGACUAGAUAUUGGCCUUCGAUGUUGCUAUGUCUUUUGUAUGGACCGUCAUCCAUAAUGACUUUAUGGAAUUCUCGGUAUAUUAUUAAGGAUUUCAUUAUGAAUAACGUUGUUGAUUUUGCCAAGGGUUUGAUUUUAAACUGGCUGUGGGCUCCUCUCAAGCAAGUUUGGUCCACUGUGAGACAUGAUGAAGGAAGUGCCAUUUCAGUAACGUCCCAGGAAACUUUAAAUUCUGAUAUGGAUUCUCUUACGAGAAUGAUCGUUAGCUUCGUUGUAGAUAAUAGUGACUCGGCCACUAACCACCCAAUAGACCCUAUUUUAUUAAGCACCAAAGUCGAACACGGUGAUCUGACUGAAUUCAUGGAGAUAUACGAAACACAAUUACACCAUCCAAUAAAAAAUAUAGCUACUGGUGGGCUAGUUAGAUCUUUAUUGAUCCAACUGCAAAAGACAAAAGUUGAUGGCUCUAUGGCGUUGAAUGGUAUUGAUAAGAUGUUAAAAUCCCAACAACUGGUGUUCGGAGUUGUAGCGUUAUCCCCAGCUUUAGUAAUACUAUAUUCCUUUAGUGUGGCAUUGAAAAGAUUUAUCAAGUUGGGCAACGUGUGGUCCAAUGUUAAAUGUUAUAGGGAGCAAAUUGGUAUAAGCCUGAAUAAUGUGGAGAGGAUACUGAACUAUUCUAAUCAAAGUGCCGACUCCGAUGAAAAACACUUAAACCAAGGUCUAUUAGUGAUUGAGGUCUCUAAUUUAUAUAAAUUGGGAAGUUUCUUAAUCCCACAUUCAAGAAGAAAAGAAUGGUUUAGAGACGUGGAAGAAUUGGUAGACACUAAUCUCGACUCCAACGCUCAUAUAAACGUUGUCAACAGAAUAUACCAUGUAUAUGGUAGAUUUUUGCUGCAUUAG